UCCUACUUCAAAUGUAUGCACGCGACUAAACCACGUGGGCUGAUCUGCCUGAAAUCGUGUUACCCUGAGUGCCCUGUCUUAUCUGGAACAGUAGCGGAAUUAUUGGGCUAAUGUUUCAGCUCCACAUGGUUGCAUGGUUUGCUUGCAAGCAGCACAGCAGGGAGGGACAAGAGGCGAAGAGAAUGAGGUUAAGAAAAAAAAAGCAGAAAGGGAGAGCUUAGGACUCCCCUUCAGGCAUCCGAACAAGUCUGAACUGUUCUGCUGCUGCUUGUGUUCUGCCUACACUAAGCAAGGCUGCCUCGGGAAUCAGAAACAGCGUUUACAGCCUUCACAGUCUCCUGCGGGGAUGCAGCGACAGGAGUUCAGUUGUUGAACUACGGCGGAUGGUCGCGGAAGUUGCUUUGUGCUUUUUGAAGCUGUGACUCUGGACACGGUUGACUGGGAAUACUGCUGUGUCCAGACACUGCACGGAGCGCUAGGGCUGGAUAUGCCACAGGUGGAAAGGUGGGGAGCAGCAGGCUGUGGCCCGGUGCGCGGAACAGAGUUCCCCAGGUUGUGAAGAUGUGGAGCUGGGUUUUCACUGUGACUGUCCUCCUGUCCUCCAUGAAACAAGCUGAAGCUCAGGGCAGGUGUAAUAGUGUGCAAGCGGCAGAUAUUGUUUUCCUGGUUGAUGGGUCUUCCAGUAUUGGCCGAGCUAACUUCCUGCAGGUGAAGGGCUUUAUGGCUGGGAUCGUCAAACCCUUUGCCAGCUCUGUCAGCGAGUCAGGGAUACGGUUUGGGGCCAUACAGUACAGCGACACUUCCAGAGUUGAAUUUACAUUUACUACCUACGUGAAUGGCACUGCGCUGGUCAACGCUUUACAGAAUCUGAACUAUAAGGGCGGAAACACACGCACUGGGGCUGGUCUCAAGUUUGUCGCUGACAACUUCUUCAACCCUGCGUCCAGUCGGAAUGUCCCAAAGAUCACUAUCCUGAUCACAGAUGGGAAAUCACAGGACAGUGUGCAGGACCCAGCGCAGAAGCUACGCAGUCAAGGAGUGCACGUUUUUGCGGUUGGUAUAAAGAGUGCAGACAGGGCUGAAUUGGAUCAGAUCUCCUCCCAGCCCAGCAGCGAUUUCACAUCCUUUGUUGGGGACUUCAAACUGCUGAACACACUUCUUCCUCUUGUGAGCCCCCAAGUGUGUUCCAAAGCAGGAGGAGUCUAUGCUAGUGAUGAGGCAUUUUCCGGUCCGUCCAACAUUCAGUUCACCGGCCAGACAUCUGAUUCUCUCAGGUUCCGCUGGAGUUCAGCAGGGGGGCCUGUGAGUGGCUAUGCGGUCCAGUAUGUGCCGCUCUCUGGCCUGGGUCAGCCUAUCAUUGCAGAACUGCGUCAGGAGACUGUUUCUGCCAGUCAGAGGACCUUUACCGCACGAGAGCUAAGGUCAGGAACCGACUACCUGGUGACUGUCAUCGCCCAAUACCCCAACAGUGUGGGAGAGUCUGUUUCUGCCAAGCAACGAACCAGGUCCUUGCCAGGUGUCUCAAGUCUACGUCUGGUCCAGGCAGACUUCUUCUCUCUCUCUGUGGGCUGGGAUCUGCCUUCAUCUCCUGUCCAGGGCUACAGGAUCACCUAUGGCCCACGAGGUCGGCCGGCAGCUCAGCUGUUGGAGCAGUUGCUGUCUGCAGACGCCACAUCUGUCACCUUGGAGUCACUUCAGCCCGACACAGAGUACGUCAUAAGCCUCUACCCCCUGUUCCCCCGAAACUCUGGAUCCCCGUCCAUCCUCAACGCCCGCACAUUGCGUCUUGAGGCGGUGCAGCAGUUGUCAGUGGAGACGGAGUCAGAGGGCAGUGUCCGUCUGCGGUGGAGAGCCGUCAGUGGUGCGCGGGCCUACCGUCUAGUCUGGGGACCGUUUACAGGUCGAAAUGUCGAGACUGUGGAGGUUUCCGGUGACAGUGACUUUCACACUUUGUCCAGACUGCAGCCGGACACAGAGUACAUCGUCACUAUCAUCCCGCUGUAUGAGGGCAGCACGGAGGGCCCUGUAGCAACGGCCAGGUUCAAGAUAGAGCGUCAGGAGCAGCAGGUCCUCAGAGCAGCUAUCAUCAGCCCCUCCUCUAUUCGCCUCACCUGGAGAAUCAUUCAGUCCUCUCGAGGGUACCGCCUGGAGUGGAGGGAGGGGGAAGGAGGCCGUGUCCAGAGCCUGUCCUUUCCUAGAGGUACUAGCAGCUAUGUGCUAACAGGCCUUCAGCCCAACACAGAAUAUAUCAUCACCCUGUACACCCUGUUCGAAGGUCGUGAGGAGGCCACACCUGUCUCCACCACAUCCAGAGAAGAGCAGCCAGUGGGGAGGGUCUCCAACUUGAGAGUUGUGGAGUCUCUGGGCAGUACUGCCAGACUCGGCUGGACGGGCGUAGCUGGGGCCACACAGUACCGCAUCAUUAUCCUGAACACAGAAACGGGAACAGAGGAAAUCCGGAUUAUCCCUGGAAACCAGACGAUCCUCGACCUCAGAGACCUGACAGUGGGAGUGUCUUAUGGUGUCAGUGUCACAGCACUGGUGGGAGAAAAUGAAGGAGACCCAAUUACUGUCUACAUCAAACCAGAGCAAGGUGUUGGCAGAGUGACUAACCUCAGAGUGUCAAACGCAAACAGUCGGAGAAUUCGAAUUGCCUGGACAGGUGUAACUGGGGCUACGGGGUACAGGGUUACUUGGAGACAAGGCAACAGUGCGGAACAGUCCCGCGUUCUUGGGGUGGAGGCCACGUCCUACACUAUAGAUGGCCUGCAACCAGAUGAGGCAUUGGUAAUUGGUGUUGCGGCUGUGGCCGAUCAGCGCGUUGGAGAGGUGGUCACGCUGUCUACUCGGACUAAUCCCCAAGGUGGAUCAGUGUCCGGACUUCGCAUCAUUGACGCCACGUCUAAGAGGAUACGCAUUGCAUGGUCACCUUCCCCUAGGGCAACUGGCUAUAAGAUCACUUGGCGCCGUGAUGAUGGGAUUGAAACAACACGAAACGUGGCCGCGGACGUGUCUUCCUUCACCAUUGAUGGACUACAGUCAGAUUCAGCCUAUACCGUGUUAAUCUCGACACUGACUGGCUCUCGAGAGGGAAGUCCUUCCACCCUGAGUGUUAGAACAGAGUCAGAUCACUCUGUGGUCGGGACUGUGACGUCACUGCAAGUCCAGGAGACCCGUGGACAGGUUGUCCGAGUCAGUUGGGUUGGUGUGCAGGGGGCAACGGCUUAUCGCGUGACUUGGAAGAGAACGGAUGGGGGUGAAGAGAGGAGUCAGCUGGUGGGGGGAGAUGUGUCAGCAGUGGAUUUAGAACGGUUGGACCCCGGAGCCCAGUAUGAGGUGCAGGUCAUGGCUUUAGUUCAAAACAGAGAGGGAACCCCUGUGUCUGUCAGAGUCACCACACCUAGUGCCUUCACCCCCCCCCCCUCACUACCUACCGCAAUUUUGCGAGUGGCAGAGGUUACCCAGGAUUCUGUGCGGCUUGGCUGGAGUCCACUACCAGGUGCCACGGGAUAUAUUCUACGCUGGAGCGAGGAGACAGAUCUUGGUGGAGGCUUGUCAGUUACGCUCCCCGCUACGUCCAGCACUUACCAGGUUCCCGGGCUGCGUUUGGGCCGUCGAUAUCGCUUUACCUUGCAGCCCGCAUUUGCAAGUGGAUUGGGAACAGAGAGCUCUGUAGAUGAACGCACUGUGUGCGUGGGCGGGCGUCUGGAUGUGGUGUUUCUGGUGCCGGCAUCCACCGAUCGGAUUGGCCUCGCUAGACCUCUUCGCGAACUCCUCAGAAGUGCAGCAGGGUCGCUCAGCACUAUCAGUGACCGCGACUCGCAGGUGGGAGUUGUAGUCUAUGGUUACAGGCCCAAAAUAUGGUUCCUGCUUAAUCGCCAUGGCAGGUCUGACACACUUCUUCAAGAGAUCCAGUCCACACCCUUUGAUGAAAGUCCAGGGAAUAAUAUUGGUGAGGCGGUGACAUUCACCAGACAGUACGUUCUGAACCCUUCAGCUGGACGGAGGCCGAGGGUCCCUGGCGCUGUUGUCAUCAUCGCUGACAGGAAAUCAACUGACAACCUCACCCUCGCAGCGAGCAAUCUCAGAGCUACAGGGGUGACAGUGUUAGCUGUGGGUAUAAACCAGGCCGAUACUGAGGAGCUGCGUCGGGUGGUGACGGAUGGCAGCACCCAGAACAUCCUGUAUACCCGCGACGCAGCACGGCUGGACACCAUACAUGCCGAUCUGGCAGACUUGCUCUGUGGCAUUGCCAGAAUACCAGAGGUAGGUCCGGGUCCAGACCAGUGUACCAUUCAGUGCCCUCAGGGUGAGAAGGGAGAUCGUGGAGAAAAGGGUGACCGAGGCAGAGACGGUGCCGAUGGACGCAAGGGAGAGCCUGGUCGGGAUGGUUUGCCCGGGAGGGAAGGCCCCAGAGGGCCUGAAGGACGCCCAGGCCCACCAGGCCAAACUGUCCCUUUUGACCCCUCAACAAGGGUGAAAGGAGAAAAGGGGGAGAGAGGUUUUCCUGGCAUUGAUGGAAGUCCAGGGUUGCCAGGACGAUCAGGUUCCCCCGGAAGUGCAGGGGUCCCGGGUUCACAGGGCCUACCUGGUGUCAGAGGAGACCCAGGUGAACCGGGAGGGACCGGUCCACAAGGACCACAGGGCAGUAAAGGUGAAAGGGGUGAACCGGGCUCAGCUAUAUCUGGAGGGGGUCUUCCAGGGCGGAAAGGAGAGCCAGGCAUCCCGGGAAUACCGGGUACUCCGGGUCGGCCAGGCAACGAUGGGGCCAAAGGUGCCCCUGGAGUGCCGGGGACAUCUGGUCAGGAUGGUCGUCCAGGUUUACCAGGAACACCAGGACUCUCCAUCAAGGGAGACAAGGGCAGCCCAGGAGAGAGGGGACCUCCAGGAGUCGGCAGCGGGGUGGCUGUAAAGGGCGAGAAGGGCUCCCCAGGUACUCCAGGACCUCCAGGGGCUCAGGGUCCUAUAGGGCCAACAGGACCACAGGGCAGCAAAGGAGACAAGGGCAGCAGUGGUGAUGGGACACCCGGGCCUCCAGGCAGGCAAGGAGAGCCUGGGGACAGGGGUCCCCGUGGGCCUCCAGGUGAAAUUGGUAGCAAGGGUGACCGAGGACAGCCAGGUGAGCCUGGAUCACAGGGAGACAGGGGGGAGAGAGGGGCGUCCGGUGAAACUGGGGAGAAAGGGGACCCAGGGAAGCCGGGCCUCGCAGGAACUCCAGGCUUGAGAGGUUUACCGGGGCCCAGUGGACCGCCAGGAGAAAAGGGAAAUGAAGGUGCACGAGGGGAGCCCGGCAGAAGUGCUCUAGGUGUUCCAGGGAAGAAAGGGGAAAUGGGGGAGCGAGGCCCGGCUGGUCCUGAGGGGCCAAGGGGAGAUAAAGGAGAACCGGGACAGAGAGGAGAGAAAGGUUCUUCAGGGUCAGGAGGGUCAGGUGGCGUUGGACCUAAAGGAGAGCCGGGAGACAGAGGACUUCCUGGUAUCAGUGGCAGGCCGGGUGCCAAGGGAGAUCCAGGUGAACCAGGAGAGAGGGGGGAGAAUGGUCGGCCAGGAAUCUCAGGAAAGCCUGGUCUUGCUGGGAAAGAGGGAGAGAAAGGAGAGAAGGGUGACGAAGGCACACCUGGGGAGCCUGGACUUCCAGGCAAGGCGGGAGAAAGAGGGCUGAGGGGACUGGCUGGUCAACUAGGACGACCAGGAGAGAAAGGAGACCCAGGAGACCCAGGAGACCCAGGAGAGCACGGACGAAAUGGCAGCCCGGGACCUGCGGGAGCGAGAGGAGAGAAAGGAGAACUGGGACCACAAGGGCCUCCAGGACCACCAGGAAAAGUGGCGGACAUCCAGGGCCAGCUGAAAGGAGACAGAGGAGAGAAGGGCGACAGCGGCGACCCAGGAGAGCAUGGCAGCAAAGGUCAGAAAGGCGAAGCAGGGACUCCCGGAGCCCCAGGCCCACAAGGUUCUGAGGGACAACGAGGGCCCGCAGGCACAAGAGGUGACGCAGGAGAAAGAGGAGCGCCUGGAGAGAAGGGAGAAAGGGGAGCAUCUGGGUUAGAUGGACGUCCCGGUCUUGACGGUAAACCGGGUGCUUCUGGAGCACCUGGUCAAAGGGGUGAUCCCGGGAAACAGGGGGAUCCUGGGAGAGAUGGUUUACCUGGACUAAGAGGGGAACAGGGCCCCCCAGGGCCUGUUGGGCCCCCAGGCACUCCAGGGACACCUGGUAAAGCAGGUGAAGAUGGCAAAACUGGGCCUCCUGGCAAAAUGGGUGAGGAUGGUGUGCCAGGUGAAGAUGGGAGGAAGGGUGACAAAGGAGAAGCAGGAGCCGCUGGAAGAGAUGGCCGUGAUGGGCUGAAAGGAGAACGGGGCCUUGCUGGGCCAGUAGGACCCUCUGGCGCGCCGGGGCCUCCUGGAGUACCUGGCAACAUUGGUCCUCCUGGACAGGUUGUUUAUGUUAAAGGAGUUGAAGCGGCACCAACCCCAGGCCCGCAGGGGCCCCCAGGAACUCCUGGAGUGCCUGGGAUACCGGGAGCUGUGGGAGCCAGAGGGGAGAGAGGUCCACCUGGCCUUAAAGGUGAAGCUGGGGACCCAGGAGAGGAUGGGGCGCCGGGCAAGCCUGGGACAGCAGUGGAUGUACAGAGGGCUCUGGCUGGCUUUGGUAUUCUGGUGUCUGAUCUGAAGGUGGUUGUGGACAGGAAGGACACGCCGCAGGUUCCUACAGUGCAGAAGGCAGAGAAAGGUGAAAAGGGAGACAGGGGUGAAUCUGGACCGAGAGGACCAUCUGGUGCAGAUGGGGCUCGUGGUGUUCCAGGAGAGAGAGGAGCAAAAGGGGACCAGGGAGAGCGAGGACCCGUGGGAGCAACUGGGCCUAUUGGAAGAGCCAUUGGAGAACGAGGGCCAGAGGGACCCCCAGGGCCUGCUGGAGAGCCAGGCAAGCCGGGAAUACCGGGAGUUCCUGGGCGAGCUGGGGAACUGGGGGAGGCUGGAAGACCUGGAGAUAAGGGGGAGAGAGGAGUGAAAGGGGACAAAGGGGAGACUGGCACUAGCGGGGCAACGGGACCAGCCGGCCCACCAGGUCAAAAGGGGGCAUCUGCUGACUCAGUACUGAUUGGUGCGCCUGGGGCCCGAGGCCCUCCAGGAGUUGCAGGACAGAGAGGAGAGCCUGGUUCUGCAGGAGCACCAGGACCUAAAGGAGACCGGGGUUUUGCGGGAUCUCCUGGUGAUAAAGGAGACAGAGGAGAGUCUGGAGAAAGAGGACGUGAUGGCUCGCAGGGACCACCAGGAGGACCAGGAAAACCUGGUCAGGAUGGGAAACCGGGCCUGCCUGGGUUUCCAGGAGUUCUAGGCAGACCGGGAAACCCAGGAGAGCCUGGCAUACGGGGGCCAACUGGCCCCAUGGGUCCCAAUGGGCUUCCAGGUCCACCAGGUGUGAAGGGUAAUCAAGGAGAGCCAGGUGUUGGUGUCCAGGGUCCUCCUGGUGCCCAAGGGAGCACAGGUCUGCCAGGACCACCAGGUCCACCAGGAGCUGUAGGUCCGCAGGGCCCCCCAGGACUCUCAGGGCAGGUGGGUGAAGCAGGUAAACCAGGAGUCCCAGGAAGAGAUGGGGUGCCUGGUAAAGAAGGAAUACCUGGAUUACCAGGAAAGCAGGGCAUUGCUGGACCUCCUGGCCAGUCCGGCUUAAAGGGGGAGCAGGGAGACAGCGGUCCUCCAGGGAAGGCUGUGGCUGGACCCCCUGGACCCAAAGGAGAGACAGGCCCUCCUGGUCAAACACUGCCAGGCACAGCUGGAGAAAGAGGCGUACCUGGAGAAAGGGGCAACAAGGGAGACAAAGGUGCUGCUGGCAUCAAAGGAGAGAGAGGAGUGGCUGGUGAAUCAGGAGAGCCUGGAGAAGAUGGGGCACAGGGACCUGCUGGGCCCAAAGGAGAUAAGGGAGAGAGGGGCAUAGGACAGGCAGGUCCUCCUGGUCGGGUAGGGCCUCAAGGUUUAAAGGGAGAUCAAGGCCUUCCUGGUCCAGCUGGUCCUCCAGGGCUACAGGGAAAGCCAGGUGACGCUGGGCUGCCUGGCCUGAGAGGAGAACCUGGACAACAAGGACCUCCUGGACCACAAGGGGAGAGGGGUCUUCAAGGCUUUGCAGGCCGUGCAGGAAAUGUUGGACCCCCAGGUCCUCCUGGACCUCUUGGACAGGCAGGCACUCCUGGUACCAACGGGGUCAAAGGGGACAAGGGGGAAGUUGGCGUUGGAGUCCCUGGUCCCAGAGGAGAGAGAGGAGAUUCGGGGCCCAGAGGAGAAGAGGGUCGUGCUGGCUUGGAUGGGGAGAGAGGACCAACGGGUCCCCCUGGGAUUCGUGGUGCUCGGGGAGAGAAGGGAGACUCGGGGCUGCAAGGUGACAAAGGAGAGAAGGGGGACACUGUGCUGGUGGGAGGACCUCCUGGAGAAAAGGGCAAUAAAGGAGAAACAGGUGACAGGGGACCCAAAGGUGUGCAAGGAGAAAAAGGGGCAAAGGGACAAGAGGGCCCCACAGGGGAGCAGGGUCUGAGGGGAGAGCCGGGAGAAAGAGGAUCCACUGGAUUCCCGGGUGCCCGUGGCCCCGGUGGACAGAAGGGAGAAGCCGGACAACCUGGAGUUCCUGGUGAAUCGGGUUUACCAGGAAAAGAUGGGCUGCUAGGGCGUAAAGGGGAGAAGGGAGAGAUCGGUACCCUAGGAAUGAGAGGAAUCAAGGGUGACCGAGGACCCAAGGGGGCUUGUGGAAGCGAUGGACCCAAAGGAGAGAAGGGGGAUGCUGGUAUUCAUGGACGAUCAGGCCUACCAGGAAGAAAAGGUGAACAGGGGGAACUCGGACCUUCUGGGGCGCCAGGGACCCCCGGAAAAGAGGGACUAGUCGGCCCCAAGGGUGACCGUGGUUUUGAUGGGCUUGCAGGAUCCAAAGGUGCUCAGGGAGAGAAAGGUGAAAGGGGUCCGCCUGGGGUCCCUGGUCCUCCUGGCCCCAGAGGAGUGGAUGGGGCCCCGGGCCUGACUGGCCUUCAGGGACCAGUGGGUCCUAAAGGCCCAGAGGGGCUCCAGGGACAGAAGGGGGAGAGAGGUCCAAAUGGUCCUGCCACAGUGGGUCCACGUGGUAUCCCAGGGAUCCCGGGGGAGCGAGGAGAGCCAGGAGAGAUGGGCCCAGAUGGAGCCAAGGGAGACAGAGGAGAGGCAGGCAUGACGGAGGAUGAGGUCAGAGAGUAUGUUCGCACAGAGAUGAGUCAGCACUGUGCGUGUGGAGGUUCAGGCCCAGUAAGUCGGCCCCAGCCCGAGGUCAGGGCUCGGCCUGCAGCAGAGCAACAACUGGCCGUGAAGGGUGAGGAUGGCCGUGAGCUGCGUGUGGUGGUGAACACCAAUGACCCAGAUUAUGAGCACGUCUAUUCCAUCGAAGCCUAUGACGAUCCCUUGGACGAGCUGCUCUACUUACCUCCCCCUGCCAACCAGAGUGAUGGUGAAGCUGUCAAAGCUGAAACUGACAAAACAGUCAAAGUCGAACCAAACAAAUCAGCCAGUGCAGACGUUAAGAAAACAGCAACAGUUGCUGUUCAGAAAGCAGUCAAAGUUACACCUCUGAAAGCAGUCACACCCAAAUCAGUCAGGUCCAAGAGGAGAGUCAAAGGGGAAGCUCCAGCAGACCUGUGCCUGCUGCCCAUGGAGGAGGGGAGCUGUGGACGAUACACUCUGCGCUGGUACUUUAACAGUCAGGUUCAGGCCUGUAGGCCGUUCAUCUACAGCGGGUGUGAAGGAAAUGACAACCGCUUCCUUCACCUGGAGGAGUGCGAGGAGGUCUGCCUUGGGGAGGAAGAAGGUCCUCGUCCCUUGAAGACGGCACGAUGAUUGUGGCCUCAUCAGCCACAGGAGCGUUAGCCUUUAGAUUGCUUUUAUAGAUUACUAUUUUGUCAAAUGUCAAAGGUCAAGAUUUAUUUUGUUUAUUUAUUGUUUCUGUAAACCCAACCAAACUUUGCCCCAGGUUAAAAAGGUAAACCAGAGUGCCUCCUUGCUUUAUGUUCUUAAAAUCAGGCAGAAAAAAGACAAAAUAGUGUUUAUUAGGUUAUAAAAUACUUUUCUUUUCUUGCAGUAGUAAAACGAACACGUUUAACAUUUGCACACUGAAGAAGAGUGUCUUUGCUUUUUACACAGACUUUACUAACAGACUUUGCCAUAGUAUUGUGGCACUGGAUGGCAGUAGCUUCAUCCAUUUCAAGCUGCACAUAUAAUAAUUUGGACAAACAACCUGACUCAAAUUACAAUGCAAUAUUCUUUAAGUAAGUACCAAUAUGGUGAAGAUCAUUAACUUGAUGGUCAUUUUUGGGACUGUACGGUUGUUCAGUCAUUUUGUGUUUAAAUGGAGCCAAUGACUCCACUAAUUAUUGGAACAGGAAAACUGAAAGAAAUGCCUUUUCUGUGUGGAAGUGGUGGUUAAAUCGUUCACAUUAGAUAUUUUGAAAAUGAAAAAAACUCUUACUGCAAUUUUCUACCCCUUUGAGUUGAUCCAAAGAUGAGAAUCUAAUUAGAAUCUGACUGUAUGUUACUCAACACAGAAACACAAUAUUUAAGGUUAGUAUUUUAGCUUUGUUUCUGAGAAAUCGUGUCUUUUCAGUCAGUUUGGUUAGCAAAGAGCUCUAAACACUGUUGUUUUUACCCCGCAUUCAUCUGGUGUCAGAAUAAUUGGAAAUUAUUCCAAUUGGAAAAAGUUACAAACUGGGAAAAUUCACAUGAACGCCACCUAAAGUUGGAACGAGUUGGAAAGUCUGUGAGAAUAUAGGCACACGACAUGCCAAGUUGACGUCAUAUUAUGCAGAAACAUGGUAGAAGAAAGUAAAUGUUGAGUUGAUGGUAAGAAAAUCAACGUGUUUAAACGCUUUGAGUUGGAACUACAUUUUCUUUGUAGUGUCCAUGUUGUUACUUCCGUCGGAAGAACGACUUCCCAACUCUGGGAAAUGGAAACAUACAAGGAGCACCUGAAUGGACCAUUACUAGAAGCCUCAGUAGUCAUUGACUUAAAGGGAGUCAAUGUAAAUUGCUGAAUGUAUUAAUAGGUUUCUACAAAGUAUAACCUUUGUGUUUUAAACAGUCUAUGAUCUUUACCCCCAUUUUUAACUUAAUAACAAUGACAAACAGUACAGGAAGUAUAUAAAUCUAUAUCAAAAACAGAAAAAGAAACUUAAAGGAAUUACACAACUAGCUUCAGCACUUAACAAAGCACACAACAGAUUUUUAAUCUCUGUGACUGAUUGCUUAGUUUUUACCGCUGUGCUCUUCGGUUUGCAUGUACAUGUUCUUAUACUUUGACUUUUUAUCAUAGAAGCAGAGCUUUUUCAACAUGGUUGAAAUGAAUUAAUUACCAUCCCCAUCCAAGCCUUGAAAGUGAUCUAACUGCAAGUCAUCUGAUGCUGUCUAUGCAGAAAAUGAACUUCCAGAACCCCAGAUGCCUGAAAUAACUAUCACUUUUCUACAUAACUAUGCAAGCACAACUAUAUUGGGUGAUUGUUAUGGAUAUAGUCUUAUCAUUUGUAUUAAAUAUGAAGAAUCAAGCACAAUAUUCUGACAAUAAUUUGUACAUAAUGUUUUUUUUUUUAUUGUUUUGGGGAAAGCUGUGUUUCUGAUCAUGACUGCAUGUUUACCUGCCAGAGAAAAGGUGCUAUUUUUAAAGGUAUUUUUAUACUGCGUUUUGAAGAUGGAAGCCUUUUGUUUUUGUGUGGUACAAACCAUUCUGUGUCUGUAGUAUUAUGGAACAUUUUAAUAAGAAUUUUUAAUAAACAAAAUGUUUAAGUAAAAA